CGGCAAGAUCGACAUUCUCGAUUUCCGGCUCAGAUCGACUCCUGGAAUUAUCCUGUCAAAUUUAGACGACACCGGGCCGCGGUUAAUCGGGCGCGUGUAUGCGCGCUCUCUAUAUAUAUAUCCAUAGUGUUUUAUGCGAAGUUGUCCGAUUGGCGAAACAGGGUUGGCGAACUUCAUUUAGCGGGGUUUUCCUUCGAUGGCGGCGUUGUUGCUGUGUGUGGACCCCUACAGAGCUGGCUACGGGGCAGUCAAAUGUCUCGUAAAGGAACUCCCUCCGCUUGCAAGUCAAAACAAAUCCCGCGAAUCUUUCGUAAUCGGCGUGGUUUGUGUUCGGUACGCGGUGGUUGGCCUCACGGGGAGGUCGGCGUCGUGGGUGGCUCGACGAUAGGUUACGGUGAAUUCAGUCUGCUGACCGCUACGCCGGACGAGGACAAAAGCGAGGAAACAAAUAAAAAAGAAGCACGCAAAGAAGCGAGGGGCGACGAGGACGAGGAGGAAGAAGCGGCGACGGUGACGUAUCCGGAGAGGGUUUGGAUAGUAGAGAACGUCCGCGAGGGGAACGAGGCCGUCGGGGAUCGUUCGAGCGUCGCCGAGCCGCCGAUCGGUAAGACCGCCGAUGUCGAGACUGUAGCCGACAUCGAGAAAUGGUUGAAAACGCGCACGGAGUCCGUGUCGAGCAUGGAUCUCGACGCGAUCAAGUCCGGGGUCGAGGAGGGCGUCGACCGGUACCUGGGCGAGGAACUGCAGCACGCUUUUCUGGAAAAGGACCCUGACGGUCUGUCGAUCGACAUCGAUCUGUCCGACAAGAAACUUAACCUAGCUUACGACCCGUUGCUGCAGGAGCUGCAGAACGAGAAAUUGCUCGACGCCUGCGAGAAAGAUGGUUUCAUACUUCCCGAAUUCCAGCUGGACCAUUUGGAUCCGCUGGCCCUCUCUCCGGACGACAUGAUGGUGGCUGGAGAGAUUCUGCCUUCGACCAGUGCUCAACCGACCCUUGUUGUCCCCAACGGGGAUGUUGGAGUGAUAUGCGAGGAGACCGAGCAGAAUUCUUUAAUUAGGAAAAGUAUCAUGUCCGACGACCAGGAGUCCCAUAAAUCUAUAGAAGUUGUGAUAGACAAUUUGCACGUCAUACAGACAUUAAACAAAGAGAAUGCCAAGUCUUGCAAGGAGGACCCUGGUCUAUCGGAUGGCGCGAAUCUGUAUAUACAGGAUCUGGGGGUAGAAAAUGUUGUACAGGAAUUACAGAGCGAAAAGCUGGAGGAUAACAACGAGAACGCUAUAAUCGAACAGUUGAAGACUAAAACUAAGGUCAGAUUGGAGCCUAGGAUCAUUAAGAAACGCAGGAGGAUAUCCGGGACGGAGAAGAAGUUGGACAAUGAGAUUAAGAUCACCGGGGAGGAUUUUAUAGAUACCGAGGACGGAGUGAUGGCUGUCGUAGCGAUAUCCACCGAUAAGAUUUCGAACAUGACACAGAUCGUCAUCAACACAGGAACAGAAGAGCAGAUUUACCAGGGCAAAACGUCCGAGUUGAUAGAAGCUACUGGAAAUUUUCCUAAAUUGCCAAAGCUGGACACUUCAACUUCAUGGACAAACACGGUGGAACAGAAUGACAAUUCUAAUAAUCAUGAAAUGGUGAUAUCCAAUGCUUUGGAGGAACUGGGUAUUACCGACGAUAAUUUGCAACCAGUAUCCGUCACCGAGCAUGGGAAAGUGUGGGCUUGCCCACGCGACGAUUGUUGUAGGCAAUUUAGCAAGCUUUACGCUCUGAAAGGCCAUUUGUUAGCUCAUUACGGAGUGAGACCGUUUAAGUGCGACUUCGAGGGAUGCGCCUGGGCGUUUUACUCCGAGUUCAAACUCAAGCGACACAAGGAGACACACUUGAAACGCAAGGACUAUGUGUGCGAGGUGGAGGGCUGCAACCGUCGAUUUACAACGAUUUAUAAUUUAUGGAGCCACGCGAAGCUGCACAGUCGACCGAACAGGAUAGUGUGUCAAGUGCCGGACUGCCAGGAGAAGUUCCAAACGAAGCGGGCUCUGGAGCUGCACAUGAAAUCCCACGACCAGAGCCACGCUCCCUACGUCUGUAACCACGAGGGCUGCGGAAAGAGAUACUACAGCAGCAACGCGCUAACCUCUCAUCAGAGAUGCCAUAGCUACAAAGAGGUGGACGUAAAGUGUUCAUGGCCCGGCUGUGGGAAGGUGUUUGACAAGCCAUGCAGGCUCAAGGCGCACACGCGUUCCCACACCGGCUGUAAACCUUAUCUGUGUACGUUCCAAGGCUGCCAGUGGGCCUUCUCGUCGUCUAGUAAAUUGAAGAGGCACCAAAAGAAGCACACAAACGAACGGAAGUUCGUAUGCGACGUUCCCUCCUGCGGCAAAGCAUUUAUGAGAUCGGAGCACCUCAAGGAGCAUAGACUGACCCACAAGGAGGGCAGAUACUUCCAAUGUUUCCUGUGCAACGCCAAGUUCUCCGCCAAGAGUAGUCUGUACGUCCACAUAAAGAAGCAUCAGGUCAAAGAGGAGACGGAGGCCGGUCGACAGGAUACCAUGAAUGGCCAGAAACGCGGCAAGCUGAAGGACACGCAGUGCUCCAGAGUGAAUCCAGUUGUGAAGUCGAAGAGGAAGUCGCUGGAGCUGGACGUGGCCAUAGCUUGCAUAAACCCGCCCUCCACCGAGAACCUCGAGUCGGACGAUGUCGGUUUAAUGAAUAACAAUGAGGAUCAAGUUAAAGUGGAACCAGUGCCUCCGCAGGACCAACCGAAGACACUGUAUCACUGUCCGGUUGAGACUUGCACAAGGUCGUAUACUACGAAAGCCACGCUAAGGGCGCACAUGUUGAAAGUGCACGGCACCCCGGUCGAAGAAUGUGAUAAACCCUCGAACGCCGUGCCCGGGAGUCCGAUCUGCAACAUGGACUACAUUUUAUACACCGCGCCCUCGGUGUCGGAGCCGACCGAUCAGAUGAUCAUGGUCGCGCCCUGCGACGCCGUGAUACUCAGCACUCCGAACGAAGCGGAUCGUUCUCUGCCGGAACCGGAGCCGCCGCCGCCGCUUUCCAACGCGUUGAAGACCGCCGAGCCGUCUGUGAACGUGGCGACCGGUCAGCUGUCCCAGCAAGUGCGAAAAGACCAGGGCUCGGCGCGGACUGACUUGACGUUCUCAGACGUGUGGAAGCUGAAGGCGAACGGUGCCGUGUUAGACUCUGUUGUUGGGGCGACCGACGUCGUGUUGGGCGCCAGUGAUUUCGAGGAAGGACUGUUGCUCACGGAGGAAUUGCCUUCCAUGUAUUAUCAGGACGACGUGGUGGGCACAGAGUAUCAGGUAUUAUUGCUUGACUCGGUGCCGACCGAAAGUACUAUAAAUCUUCGGGGUCUCGAAUAAAGAAAUGGUGGGCGCCCAUUUUGUCUCGUCCGUCGACGCGGAUCACGGAAAACGAUCAUUGUUAUUUUUUAAUCUAGGAUAAGUUUUAAUAUGGUCUGUGAUCAGAGGGCUUGUUUAGUAGCCUUUACAUUCAUUUAUACAGCAGUCCAUAAUUGCUUCAAAUCGUUAUUUUAUUAAUAAAUCGUUGCUAUUUUUCCAGAA